UUAUUUUCAUGUACUUCCUACUACUUAUAGAAGGAGCAUGAAGAAAAAAAAGAAUGAAAAACCGGGGCGGGGGGACAUAAAAAAUGUUUUAUUUGGCUGGGUCCCAAGGAGGGACCCCACUAACUCUAAAUUUGCCCCUGCCUGGAUCGAUUGCUGUGAGGCUCAGUGGGGCGCACUGCCCACUGCCACCCUCGGUAGAGGCCAGCUGAAGCUUAACCUCCCCAAACAGCCAGGCCUGACCCCACCCACAGGGCGCCGCCGGGGGAGGGGGGCUCUGGGAUCCGGGGCGCGCGGAAGGGGCGGAGCUAGCCUCCCCGAGCCGGAGGUUCGCGAGCCCUUUCACUGUGCCGGGCCACAGCUCCCCCUGAUUGCGCUGCCCCGAGUCCCGUUAUUUCAAAGGCCAUGGGCGCGGCGCAGCACGGCGGGGUGAGGAACUGACUCCCCUUCAGGCCUCCCGCUGCCCGGACUCUGAGCGCUGUCGCCAUGGAAGCAGAAGAGGCGGCGCACCGCGAGCCGCUCUCUGAAGAUCGGCGUCGGCUCAUCCCGGGGGCCAGCAGAAGACGACGGGGCAGCUUGGCCGCGGCCGUGGCCCAGUGCUUAGCCCUCGGCUUGAUGUGCACGGCCGGGGCCUACCCUAGCUGGGUCCUGGUGAGCAGCGGCGACAGGAGGAACGAUUCGGUACUAGGCGCGGUCUGGGCCGUGCACCCGAGAGAUCCUGCUCCCGACUCCCCGCUCCUGGGCCGGGCCGGAGGCGUCCUGAUGGUUUCUAUAGCUGUCUGCUGCGCCCUGGCCAUCCUGAGCGGCUACGGGGCCUUGGUGCUGGACUUCCUGGGGCUGCAGCGGGGCGGAGUGGCCGCUCCCCUCUUGCACGGCUUGGCCACUCUGCUGGCUGCUGGCGCCGCGGCACUGUGCUCCUGCCUCUUCGAGUUAGUACGGAGCAGACUCCGAACUGAGAAGGAACUGCAACACCGUGGCCUCUCCUCGACCCCUGGCCAAAGCUUCUUCCUCUCCAUACUAGCCUGCGCCUUAGCGGCCACUGCGACCGGCCUCAGCUGCAGCGCCUCAGCCCGUGUGGGACCUGCAGCAGGUCUCCCCCGGCCUGGGACUGCGCGGAGGAGAAGACUGAGCUUCCUCAAGCACGAGAGAGAAGGGGCUAGUGACACAGAGCACAGCCUCCCUGCUUGGGAGGGGGAGACUGACUCCCAAAAGGAGAGGGUGGUGGCCUUGGUACAGGGGGAAACUGAACCGGGGAUGGCAGGGAGUCUCCCCUUCAUACAGGGGGCGAUUGAACCUCGACUGGCAGGGAGUCUCCCCUUCAUACAGGGGGCGAUUGAACCUCGACUGGCAGGGAGUCUCCUCUUCAUAAGGGGAGAAACUGAAUCCCAAAUGGAGGCAGGUCUCCCCUUCAUACAGGCAGAGACUGAGCCCCAAAUGGAAAAGACUUUCCCCUUUAUACAAGGAAACACUGAAUCCCAAGUGGCAGGGAGUCUCCCAUUUGUACAGGUAGAGACUGAAUCUCAAAUGGUAGAGUCUCAUCUUCAUACCACCAGUGACUGACUCCCACUCCAGGAAAAUCCCUGUUUCACUGCAGGAAGAGACUGAUCACCCUCCCCCCCUGAGAGGGACACUACUCAGCCUCCUUUCCACACUUGAGUAAGAGGCUGGUGCUGCAAAAUCCUGCCUCACCCGCUGGCAAAUAACCUCUCAAAUGAGAAAGUAUCUCUUGCCCAAGAAAAAUCCUUUUUGUCACAAGGAAAGGCUUCCAACAAAGCAUCUUUCAAGUAAUUCCCCAGAAUGGAGAGAGCAGGAGGUGACAAACCAGAAUCGUUCCUCACCAAAGUGCCUUAAAACUGAUCCUCAAAAGGAUUACAGCUCUCCAGGAGCUAUGCAGCAAAACCAUAAAACAGCAUCUUUAAAAACUGCCUUAAAACUACCCCUAAAAAUAAGGGAAUGGUCCUCCGUAGGAGUGACACUGCCAAGUUUAGAUUCGCGUAAUGGUGUGCAAGUCCUCAAGCGAUUAAUAAGGAUUGGCCUUCCACAAGCCUUCCACUGUGUUCCUGCUAUUGAACUGGGCAGCUCUGCAUCUUGUUGAAUGUUGUAACAGUGUUAAGAGCAUUUUAUGGAUUUGUCUUAGCUACAUGUAUGUUUCUGUGUGUACACAAUAAAGCUUUAUUUUAUCUUUUAUAGUCUUAAACAUA